GAAGUACAUGAACGAUGUGCUUCGGACGGCUUCGCUCCAGCCCUUCUGGGUUUCGAACAGCUACCAGGCGGAUGGUACAUGAUUGUGAUGGAGAUGAUCACGGAUGAUUACUGUCGUCUCCAGGAUAUUACCGUCCCUUACCCUCAUCAUGAUGCGCUCGCUACGGAACUCCAGUCUCUUUCAUCGAGGAGGUUAUGUUCACGGAGACAUCCGGGAUACAAAUAUUAUGGUAAAAAAGGACUUCAGCCCUGGAUUCAUGUUGGUGGAUUUCGACUGGUCUGGAACGAUAGGCGAAGCCCGAUACCCAGUGAACGUAUAUCAAGGAGAACGUCUCUGGAGACCUGAUGGAGCGGAAGACGGACAGUUGGUCAUGCCCGAACAUGAUAUGCAGAUGUUGUACGCCAUCUUUCCAGAAGGCACCUUUGUUUGAGAGUGAGUAACUAGUACGGUUGACCAGUAUUGAUUUUACUAGAUUUGUAUUACAUUCCGUAGAUUACUUAUCUGCUGGUUCCCUGGUCGAUGCACGUGAACGACAUUGUGCCACCACCGACUCGGAAGCGUGCGAAGGGGAGGACA